UUUCAGGCCGAAGAAUUAAAUUCGAUAGUUGGAAAUGCAUUUAGGAUGGCUUACGCGGCGCAGCUGCAAAAACAACCCAGUUUUCAAGACGUAAUCGCGUCUCAAUUGGAUCAAACUCAAACGGAUAAAGUACUUUGGACAAAGGAACUAUCUGCUGUACUAAAAAAAGAAACUCAUCAAAACAUGGAUUUGCAAAUUUCAAAUAAUGACGCAACACUGCGUCUACAACCACCGACUUCAAUACCUGGUCUAAAGCCCACCCAUAAGUACAAUGUGCUUGGUCCGGUUGAAAAAAGUCAAUCCCAGCAAAGCACGCCCAGCAGCGACGAAAGCAAUUCACCCACGGAGAUGAAUUCUUACAAAAGAAUGACUGAAAAACCGCCACUAAUAAAAAGAAUAGCGAUGGGUUUUACGGGAAACAACCACAACGAAGAAGACGUUUGUCCUCUGGUUAGCGACAGCAAUAGCACCCCAGGAAGCCCUACUAAUCGCCCAUUAUCCGGUGGCUACGUAAACGAAACAAACGAAAAUAAUAAAUGCGUAGAAAAUAUUAAACAAGAGACCAUAAACUCGAACCUAACUAUUAAACACAUAGAAAUUGACAAUAGUCGACUCAUCCAAUCUUCCGCAAACGAACAAGACUUUAAAACGAAACGAAUAUCCCAAAUAUCUUCUAGCAGUACUUCUUCUUAUCCUCAGAGUAUUGCUCCAACUCCACCACCUCUUCCUGAAAGAACAGAUUCACUUAAUAACAAGGAGGAGGGCGAGUUAAGGCUGGCUCCUUGGUACCAAGCAGGAAUACCCAGAGAAAUAGCCUUGGAAAUUCUCUCCCACGAGCCCAAUGGGGCUUUUAUGGUCAGGGAAAGUACCAGCAAGCCCGGAUGUUUCGCAUUAUCAUUGAGAGUGCCAAGGAGUUUUCAGCCCUCUGGUAUCGCACAUUAUUUAAUUGUGAGGGCAAACAAAGGCUACAAAAUUAAGGGCUUUACGAAAGAAUUUAACAGUUUAACCUCACUGAUCACGCACCAUUCGGUUAUGCCCGAGUUGCUGCCGUGCCCUCUAUCGUUGAGUAGAUACAACCCGAGUUUUCUAAAGACAGAUUCCAAACGUGAUUUUGCUGAUAUAGACCUUGACUCUGACUACAACACACUGGCGGAUUUUCGAAAAAUGAUGGCAGACCUAAACGUCUAG